AUGGCGUCGGAACAAACACCAGAAGCCAGAGAGCUUGCUCUAGUCGGCAAGGUGGAGAUGCGCAUUGCUCUCGCUAGCUCGGACAAGAAGCUUGAAGACUUGCUCAAAACCUAUCUCUCUCCACUACUACUCAAACUCGGGUCUGAUAGCGUUGCUGUACGAAAUAAGGUCAUCUCCAUAUGCCAACACAUCAACACCCGCAUCAAGUCACAAGACAUCAAGCUCCCUGUGAGCGCUCUGCUGAAGCAAUACAAAGAGAAUCCUGACGUCUCUCUUAUACGGCAUUUUGACAUUCUCUACAUCCAGCAGGGUAUAUCCCGGCUUACCGUUGGCGAACGACUAGAGCUUCUUCCCAUUCUGCUACAGGGCAUCGCAAAAGACUAUGAGAAGUCUGAGCAGCAUGCUUCUCAGCUAUUCCAUCUCAUCCUCCGUCUUUUGGUCCACUUCAAGCUUCCCCUUCGCGGCAGCAAAGAAGAUGAUGAGCUGAGAACCACUUUAGGUCUCUCCGAUGAUGAUGCGGCUUUCCUUUCGAAGUGGUUUGGAAAACUGCUCAUGCUGAGCAUUGUACGAGAGAGUAACCCCCAAGCCCAAGCUUCGCUACGGUGUCCGGGCUUGUCUCCAGAUGACUACAAGUUUCUGACGCUUCAGGGCAAGCCAGACGCUUGGGAUCCCACCGCAGAUGCAGGAUUGAACUUGGCCGAAUCGAAGGCCCUAGUCACACGCUUCAUGGCAAGUGGACUGUUCAAGGAGGAUGAGAAAUUUCUACCCGCAUUGUUCGCGUCCGCUGAUACCAAUUCUCGGAUAUCAGAAGUUGGUGAAGAUACACUGAAACGUGUGAUGUUAUCCAAGGACCUCGAACAACCGCAAAUUGUGGAAGUUCUGUUCGAACUCUACUUUGGCUCAGACUCUGCUAGCGGCUCGCUGCCUGUAAAGACACCACUACAGAUUCGGAUACUAAACGUUCUGUCAAAGUCUGUCAGAUGCACUACAUAUCCACAGCAGAUAGCUAGGCUCGUCGAAGAAGGCCUUCUCUCGCCAGAACUAAAUGCGACAAAUAAGACAGCGGGGAGAGAAGCCUCCAAGCAUCGCUCAGCUAUCUUCUCUCUUGUCAACUUCGUCGCUCGUCGUGGCAAAUCAUCCGAUCUUUCCCAGGUUGCUGAAAGUCUCGUGGGAAAUCUGAGAGCUUUCAUACAAGACCAAGGCUGGCCCACUCCGGAUCGCGAUCAGGACAUGGAGCUGCGAGGCUAUGGAUACGAGACUAUUGGGCUCUUGGCCAAAGCUGCCCCCGAGAAGAUCUUGCUUGAACCGUCACUAGACUUGCUAGAGUUCUUAUUUCGGUCUCUUCGCGAAGACUCAGCAGGCAAAGAUGUAGCCGUCAGUAUAGAGGAGGCUCUCUCUUCCGUACUAGGCGCUUUCUCGAAGCCUUUUGACCCUUCUGUCAUGCCCAGGUUUCGACAGAUACUGCUCAGGUAUGCAUCUGUAGAUCAACACAGUACGCCAGCUUCGAGUAAAUUUACAAGGAGCACUCGUUAUGUUGCGACACGAUUUGCCAAUCGUUGUCUUCCUUACGAGGAUGUGCUAGCACGGUGGAUAGAUAUUCUUGCAGUCAGUGGAGGCGCUUCUGAAAGGCAUGAGGUCAUCGAGGAAGGACGUCGUGGUCUCGAUCCGUACUGGUUCAAGAUGUCCAACACCCCCCCUGGUGAACGCGAACAGAGUACACUGAAAUUUCCGGACUUUGACAAGCUGGUCAACUUCAUCAUCGUACAGCAAGGGCAGGAUGAGGACGCCAUGGACAUUGACGAGUCGGAGGACGCUCUUGUUCAGAUUCAACACUUCUACCAGCAUCAUCCAGAGGCUCUACCAGUCGUCAUCAGCUUCUGUUCCAGCGUCGCUAUGCAGUCUGCCUUACUCGACAAAGACAUAGCUGACGAGAUUCCCGAAGAUUGGGAAAGGAAACUUGAUGCCCAGAUGACUACGGAUAUGCGCGCCCGGCAAGCAUUUCGUGCAUACGCGGCAGACAAGACCCAUGCUCGAUCGCUUGCAGUGAUACUGCGAGCCAGUUUCGACAAGAUUACCCAAGACGACAUUAGUGACACUGGCGAUGUUGGUACUUCCUUCGUGCGAAUGUUGUCUUUGCUGCCCCAAAGUCAUUGGGUCCAAGCGAACAUCGUCCGAGACUUCCGCGCUUUACAACCAUCCAUCACAGCCAACAACGCUGGACGACGACUUACAGCUGCCCACGCGUAUGGCCUGCUAGCAUCUCACGAAAGCAUCAAUCAAGACGCCCUUCAGACCGCCCAAGUAGCAUUCUUCGACAAGCUUAGCACUUGGAAGUCAGCAGUCGGCGCUGAUAUCAAUCAGAUCAGCGGCAUAAUUCUUGCCCUCGGCUACUACUACAGCAGGGCAUUCUGGAGAAGCCAUGCAGCAUCCACAGCAAUCACAGAUGAUCAUCCGAUCCAGCAACUGUUGCAGUCAGUGGUCGAGAUUAUGAAGGAAUCUCGGGACGCGACACUGAAAGGUGCAGCCUUCUCUUGUAUCGAUCAGCUCAGUCUGUUCUAUGUCAUUACCCCCUCAUUACUUUCCAAGUAUGCAAAGGUUGAAGAUAUUGCUCAGCACAUCUACGAUUCUGCUAAGACAGGCACGAUCAGUGCCAUCUUGGCUUUGGGCCAUCUUUCUAUGAUCACAGAGGAAGCUGCAGCCGGAGCUGAGGAAACAGUAGAGUACAAGGCCAUCGCCGACAAACUCUAUGAGUUGCAUGAGGUUCGUCAGCCAGAAGUACACUUUUCCGUUGGUGAAGCAUUAAGCUGCUUCGCCAGUGGUUGGGAUUCGAAGGCUCUGACUUCCGAGCUCGACAUACUACAUCCCAGCCAACCACAAAAUCCAUGGGAUGCGCCUCUACAGACACCAGCUGGGCCCAAGCGUGAGAAGACACUUGGUGCGGUUCUAGAGAAGACACUGAAGGGCUGUGUUCAAACUAAACCCUCGUUGAAGAAAGCUUCUGUGAUAUGGCUGCUUUGUCUGCUACAGUACUGUGGUCACAAGCCUGAAAUGCAAGGCUAUCUUGGACAAUGUCAGGUAGCAUUCAAGAACUGUCUCUCUGAUCGCGACGAGGUCGUUCAGGAAGCAGCUUCGAGAGGAUUGGGCUUGGUGUACGAAAAGGGCGACCGUCAACUCAAAGAUGAUCUUGUGCGCGAUCUCGUCGGCUCGUUCUCGGACAACAAGUCCAAAAUGGCUGGUACUGUCACGGACGAUACGCAACUUUUCGAGCCUGGUGCGCUGCCAACUGGAGAUGGAUCAAUCACAACAUACAAGGAUAUUCUGAAUCUGGCAGCCGAGGUCGGAGACUCAAGUUUAGUGUAUCGCUUUAUGUCAAUGGCAUCCAAUAACUCUAUCUGGUCAAGUCGAGCCGCAUUUGGUCGCUUCGGCUUAAGCAACAUCUUCUCCGAUUCUAGUGUCGACGGAUAUCUGGCUCAGAACCCUAAGCUUUAUCCAAAGGUCUAUCGGUAUCGAUUUGACCCAAACACGAACGUACAACGCUCGAUGAACGAUAUCUGGAAUGCGCUCGUCAAGGACUCUUCGGCCACUAUCGACAAGCACUUCGAUGCGAUAAUGGAUGAUCUGCUAGUGAGCAUACUCACGAAAGAGUGGCGCGUUCGACAGGCUUCUUGCGCGGCUAUCGCGGAUCUUGUGCAGGGAAGAAGCAUCGAAAAGUAUGAAAAGUAUCUCGACGCAAUCUGGGGCAAAACCUUCAAGGUUCUCGAUGACAUCAAAGAGACCGUACGUGUUGCGGCAGCAUCUCUUGCCCGCGUCCUCACUGGCAUCCUGACACGUUCUCUGGAAGCCGGUGAUGGUUCAAACAAAUCUGCAACUAUCCAGCUUGAACGCGUUAUACCGUUCCUGUUUUCAACUUCUGGAUUAGAAUCUUCGGCUGAAGAAGUACGCCUUUUCUCGGUGCACACGUUGCUCCAAAUCGUCAAGAAGAGUAACGCCAAAACGCUCAACCCACAUGUGCCAAAGCUUGUUGAGAGUUUGCUUGGAUUGCUCAGUAGUUUAGAGCCCGAAGCCGUCAACUACGUACACCUCAACGCUAGCAAGUACAACCUCACAGAGCAAAAGAUCGACGACAUGCGACUUGCAAGCGUGCGGUCGUCGCCAUUGACCGAAUCUGUAGAGCGCUGCUUAGAUCUGGCAGACGCAGAUACUAUGGCCGCUCUUGUGCCGCGUAUUGAGGCUGCGAUGAAGAACGCAGUCGGUCUACCGUCAAAAGUGGGAUGUUCGAGGAUUCUGGUCACGCUCGCUACACGACACCGUUUCCUGUUCAACCCGUACGCUGACAGCUUCCUCAAGUUGGUCCAGAAGCAAAUUCACGACCGCAAUGAGACUGUUAGCUCUUCGUAUGCGGCUGCGGCUGGCUAUCUUGCCCGACUCGCUUCAGAUAAGCAGAUCAUUUCCACUGUCGCCUUUGUGAACAAGUUGUACUUCGAAUCCGAAGAGAACAGCGACAGGAACCGCCUGCUAGCCGCAGACAUUAUGCGCGCUAUCUCCUUAUAUGCUACGGACCGCUUCACCUCUUUUGCAUCGGAACUACUACCAUUCAUCUUCCUGGCUAAGCACGACUCGGAAGAGAACGUCCGAAAGAGCUUCACAGAGACCUGGGAUGAUCAUGUUGCAGGUUCACGCACGGUCUCUCUCUACUUGAAAGAGAUACUUGCUCUGUCUGAGAAUCAUCUGGAAAGCAGACAAUGGGCCAUCAAACAUACUGCUGCGAAGACUGUCGCAGACUGUGUCUUACAGAUCACUAAUGCUGUGGGUAGCGAAAAGAUCGAGCCAAUCACUGCGAAAACUAUCUGGCCAGUACUAGACAAGGCUCUUAGUGGAAAGAGCUGGGAAGGAAAAGAAGUUGUGUUAGAAGCUUUCGUGCGGUUUGUGGAGCGCUCGGAAGCGUAUUGGCAAGCCGGGGAAAAUACGGAUGUGGCUAAACAGUUGGAAAAGGUUGCAACAAGGGAGAGCAAGAGGCAAGAAGGUAAGAACGAGAAGGUCGUUGCCGGGGUAUUAGCGAAGCUGAGAGAGCAUUUGAGCAUGUAG